AUGACUCGUAUUGGCCAAGAAAGAAGAGACCGAGGCUUGGAUGUCAGGGAAGCUCAGGUCAUCCCUCUGUCAUUGGUCAACAAGUGCAUCAGUGGUGAGUAUAUCAACGACCAGGGGCUGGUGGUCAAUGACUGCCAUGCGGAAAUUGUGGCAAGGAGAGCAUUUGUUAACUUCCUCUAUGCACAGCUGGAGCUGCACCUGAGACAACGAUGAGAGGACUCAGAGCGCUCAGUAUUUUUGCGGUUAAAAGAGGGCGGCUACAGGCUGAAGGAAAACAUUCUGUUCCAUCUCUACGUGAGCACCUCCCCCUGUGGAGACGCAAGACUCAACUCUCCCUAUGAAAUCACAACGGACCUGCACAGCAACAAACACAUAGUCAGGAAGUUCCGAGGACAUCUGCGGACGAAGGUUGAGUUGGGGGAAGGGACAAUCCCUGUGCGAUGCCACAGCGCAGUUCAGACGUGGGAUGGCGUCCUGCUAGGGGAACAGUAGGUCACCAUGUCUCGCACAGACAAGAUCGCCAGAUGGAAUGUUCUGGGACUGCAAGGCAUGCUUCUCUGCUAUUUCACUGAGCCCAUUUACCUCCAUAGUAUCAUUGUGGGGAGGCUGCACCACACAGGCCACCUGUCCCGGGUGAUGACUCACGGGACUGAAGACAUCAGCCAGCUGCCAAUGUCCUACUGGCACAACCAGCCUCUCCUCAGUGGAGUGAGUGAUGUGGAGGUGUGCCAGCCAGGAAAAUCUCCCCUCUUCAGCAUGAACUGGAUUGUAGGUAGCACAGAUCUGGAGAUUAUUAAUGCCACCACAGGGAAGAGGGACGGUGGGGGCUCGUCGAGACUCUGCAAGCAUGUGUUCUCUGCCCGGUGGGCAAGACUUUAUGGUAAGCUGAGCACACGGAUACCAAGCCAUGGAGACACGCCAUCAAUGUACUGUGAGGCCAAGCUAGGGGCUCAUACCUACCAGUCUGUUAAACAGCUGCUGUUUAAAGCAUUUCAUAAAGCUGGUCUGGGCACCUGGGUGAGGAAACCACCAGAGCAAGAUCAGUUUCGACUAUCACUGGACUCCUUGCUGUUUGACCAGAGUGAAACACUGGAGAAGGCAGGGCAGUGUGUGUGGAGAGAUGUGAUGGUGUUGAUCAGUUCUUUGCAUUCAUUUUCUUUUGGUGUUCCAGAAGUAUGCAAAUGUUCAAUGUUCGAAGAAGCAACUAAACUUGAAUUAGGAAUAUGCUGCUUCUCAGAUGGCUGCUCCCCAGAUUGCUACCAAGAACACUGA